AUGGGCCCACCACUGCCUCUUGCACACCAGAAAAUGCUGUUAUGCAAAAUGUGCUGUUCAGAUUCAUGUCUAGCAUUAUUGAUGCCUUAUUUAAAAUGUAUUUGCAUCCUGUAUACAAGGAUGGAAGAAAUGAUUGUGAAGAUUCUUAAGAAAAUAACUUUUCUCUUUAUGACAAUGCUUGGCAUUCUGGGGAACAUGUCUGUUUCUGUGAAUUAUGUGUUCAGUUGGUGGGGAGGCUCUGAGAAGAAACCCGUACACCUCAUUCUCAUCCACUUGAUCUUUACAAAUAUAAUGAUCCUUCUUGUAAAAGGAUUGCCUAAGACAAUAGCAGCUUUCGGUCUGAGAAAUUUCUUGGAUGACAUAGGCUGUAAGAUCAUUGUUUACCUGGAGAGGGUGGCCCGUGGCCUCUCCAUCUGCACCAGCAGUCUCCUCACUGUGGUCCAAGCCAUCAUCAUCAGUCCCAGAGCAUCUGGGUGGAACAGGUUCAGGCCAAAGUCUGCAUGGCACAUCCUUCCGUUCUUCUCAUUCUUUUGGAUACUCAAUGCUUUGAUAAGUGUGAACUUAAUCCAUUCUACUACAAAUAUAAGACCAAAUGUAUCACAUAUUGAGAGUGAUGAAAGCUAUUGUUAUUUUAUGUUACCAAUUCAGAAAAUAAAAUGGAUUGUUCUCCCUCUCAUGGUCCUGAGAGAUGCAGUGUUUCAGGGUGCCAUGGGAGGGGCCAGUGGCUACAUGGUAUUUCUUCUCCACAAGCACCACCAGCAUGUCCUCUACCUUCAGAACUCCAAGCUUCUCUACAGAACUCCUCCUGAGCUGAGAGCUGCCCAGAGUGUCCUCCUUCUGAUGCUCUGUUUUGUUUUCUUCUACUGGACUGAUUGUGCCUUUUCUCUGUUUUUAACUCUCUCUUCAGAGGUCAAUACUUUGAUGGUAAAUACUCAAGAGUUUCUGACCCUUGGUUAUGCAACUUUUAGCCCCUUUGUGCUGAUUCACAGGGAUGGGCUUCUGGUUGAAUGUUCAGUAGGAAACACUAGGAUAAUGUCUCAUUUAUAUAGUCAAAAAGUGAGGAAAAACUUAGCUCUGCAUUAUUGUGGAUAA